UGUCAAGGAACAUACCACCCGAAGAUCACUUUAUGCAGAGACUCUUAGAGUUGAAGCACAUUGGGUUACAGUGGGCAGAACAUGCCAAGAAGGUUUCACAAGAUUCUGGAGAUCUUUGCUUGGAGAAAGUUUUUGAACUUAUAACUGAGGGUGAAAAUCUGGCAGUUUACUUGGAGAAAGAACUUAAGGCAUUAAGUGCUCGGAGUAUGCUUUACUGCAUUUGUCUGAAGCCCCUUGAUCAGAGAACAAUGAUUGCUUGUGAUCAAUGUGGCGAGUGGUAUCACAGACAUUGCAUCAAACUACCUUCCCCGGUGAAGAUAUACAUCUGUGCUGCAUGUUGUCCUCAGACAGAACAGUUGGUGAAUGAUGACAGAUCAACAAGUACCAAGUUCGUAGAACCUGAAACACCCUUACCACAAGAAACGAAAUCAAAGAAAGUGUUGAGGGGCGAGUCCAGUCCAGCAUGGAAGAUGCUUACAAUAACAAGCCCCAGUAGCAUAUUUAGAAAUGGAAUUGAUAGUUUGUGGUGGCGAAAUCGAAAGCCUUUUAGAAGGGCCACCAAAAAACACGCUGAUUUUGAUCAUCUUUCUCCAUUUUGCUAUUUACAACAACAAUCAGGACAGUAGAUUCUAUUGUUAUCAACCAUCUGAUUAAUUUAUUCUUUUGAUUUCUAUGGUCUCAAUGCCUUCAGCUUACUGGUU